AUGUUUGGACCGGAUGUGACUACGUCGCUUUGCGAAGGGAUAUUUAUUCCGUCCAAUGUUUCCCAAUUCAUCUUCCUGUCAUCUUUGGCUCUCUUCAUAAUAUGGAGAUUACGGCAAAUUGAAAACAAAACUUAUGACUCAGUUAUUUGCGGAGUUCUGUUCUUUGGAAGGUUUUCCGUGCACCUUGUUCAAGUUGUGCUGACGGUACCAACUGCGGAACCAUCCCCCGACAUACCCGGAACAUAUCUUUGCGAGAUGCAUAUUGUGCAGACGACAACAAGGGCAUUGUUUUACACGUAUAAUGGUCUGGAUGUCGUAAUCGACAUUUACGUUACAGCGCGGCUUGUUUAUAUUCUAAACAAGGCCAAUAUUAAUGCAAAGUACGUGGCGGCCAGCCUGCACUCUUCACCACCCAAACGUACUUUAUUCACAGCCAUCAUAUACUGGAAUUUUGUGCGCUUGUUUGCUGCGUUCUUACAUUACGGCGUAAUUCUUUCUGGAGUCAUUACAUACCAAGAUAAUCCCUUCAAAUACUGGACGUUUCAGCUCUUUGCCCUGAUAGUCUUGAGUUAUUCUAUUACAGCCGAUGCAGAAAUCGUACGAGUUGUCGGAGGAAGACCUGUAAGCUCGAAUAAAGGAGGAAGCAAUGCAGGCAGUACAGGCAAGAAAACAAAUUCAUACCAAGCCAGCCUGCCGUCUCCACGGGCACCGCCGACUUAUAAAAGCCAUGUGGUUGCAUCGAACGGUAAUGGGGAUGGCUCGCAAUUAUCAUAUGUGCAACAUGGAUCAACUAAAGAGCUGCCCGUUUACGAAGAAGUGAAUGGCCAAACAAUGGCAUUAUCGAUCAAGCGUGCGUCCUUUUUGGACAUGGCUACAACGAGUCUGGGCUUCCGUGGUAACGAUUCGGAUGGACAGUAUAACACUGGAAAGGACCGUGAUCUCGAAAAGGCUGAAGUCAACGACACUGUUGAAAUAGUUCAGGAUGAAGAGCCUGUAUCAGUUGAGGAAUUCGAUGUCGACGCAGCCACUAAUCGCAGCAGCACGUUCAGCGGUGACACAGCCAUUAACGUAGCACAAAGUUCUGUUGAUAGUAAAUCUGUUAUUCUUGAGCUUUAA